AUAAUAAUGUAUUUGUGGCCUUGGACGUGAAGCAGUCAGUCUUCUGUGCUGUUAACAUAGCAUCAGGACUGAUGUUGUGGGAAGCAUGGACCUACUGAACGGGCAGGCAAGCAGUGUUACUGUUGCUGCUACUGCUUCGGAGAAAAGUAGCAGUUCUGAAUCGUUAAGUGACAAGGGUUCUGAAUUGAAGAAAAGCUUUGAUGCCGUGGUAUUUGAUAUUCUUAAGGUUACACCAGAAGAAUAUGCGGGUCAAAUAACACUAAUGGAUGUCCCAGUAUUUAAAGCCAUUCAACCAGAUGAGCUUUCAAGUUGUGGAUGGAAUAAAAAAGAAAAAUAUAGUUCUGCACCAAAUGCAGUUGCCUUCACAAGAAGAUUUAAUCAUGUAAGCUUUUGGGUUGUUAGAGAGAUUCUUCAUGCUCAAACAUUAAAAAUUAGAGCAGAAGUUUUGAGCCACUAUAUUAAAACUGCGAAGAAACUGUAUGAGCUGAAUAACCUCCAUGCACUCAUGGCAGUGGUUUCUGGCUUACAGAGCGCCCCGAUUUUUAGAUUGACGAAAACAUGGGCGUUACUAAGUCGAAAAGACAAAACUACCUUUGAAAAAUUAGAAUAUGUAAUGAGUAAAGAAGAUAACUACAAAAGACUCAGAGACUAUAUAAGUAGCUUAAAGAUGACACCCUGCAUUCCCUAUUUAGGUAUCUAUUUGUCAGACUUAACUUACAUUGAUUCAGCAUACCCGUCAACUGGCAGCAUUCUAGAAAGUGAGCAGAGAUCAAAUUUGAUGAAUAACAUCCUUCGAAUAAUAUCUGAUUUACAGCAGUCUUGUGAAUAUGAUAUUCCCAUGUUGCCUCACGUCCAAAAAUAUCUGAACUCUGUUCAGUAUAUAGAAGAACUACAAAAGUUUGUGGAAGAUGAUAAUUACAAGCUUUCAUUAAAGAUAGAACCAGGGACAAGCACACCACGCUCUGCUGCUUCUAGGGAAGACUUAGUAGGUCCUGAACUGGGAUCUCCACAAAGUGGAAGAAGUGUGGCAGCGGAAGGAGCCUUGUUACCUCACACACUGCCAUCCCCUCGGAACCUGAUUCCACAUGGACACAGGAAGUGCCAUAGCCUGGGUUAUAAUUUCAUUCAUAAAAUGAACACAGCAGAGUUUAAGAGUGCAACAUUCCCAAAUGCAGGGCCAACGCAUCUCUUAGAUGAUAGCGUCAUGGAGCCCCACGCACCAUCUCGAGGUCAAGCUGAAAGUUCAACUCUGUCUAGUGGAAUAUCAAUAGGUAGCAGUGAUGGUUCUGAACUAAGUGAAGAGACCUCAUGGCCUGCUUUUGAAAGGAACAGAUUGUACCAUUCUCUCGGCCCGAUGACACGAGUGGCACGAAAUGGCUAUCGAAGCCACAUGAAGGCCAGCAGUUCUGCAGAAUCAGAAGAUUUGGCAGUACAUUUAUAUCCAGGAGCUGUUACUAUUCAAGGUGUUCUCAAGAGAAAAACUUUGUUAAAGGAAGGCAAAAAGCCUACAGUAGCAUCUUGGACAAAAUAUUGGGCAGCUUUGUGUGGGACACAACUUUUUUACUACACUGCCAAGUCUCUAAAAGCUACAGAAAGAAAACAUUUCAAAUCAACAUCAAAUAAGAAUGUGUCUGUGGUAGGAUGGAUGGUGAUGAUGGCUCCUGGUGGUGGUUUUCAGAGAGGAAAUUCAUACAAGUUUCAAGCUGGCAAUAGGAUGAAUGCAAUGCUGUGGUUUAAGCAUUUGAGUGCUGCCUGCCAAAGCAACAAACAGCAGGUUCCUACAAACUUGAUGACUUUCGAGUAAAAGCCUACGAAAGAAGAGGUGAAUUGUUGCUCCACAGUGGGAGCGAGGCCUGGUGGACCGGCGCCAGCGAAAACCAGUCCUGUGCCAGGGGAGCCGAGCUUCCCUCUCUGCCUCCGGAUUCUGAACCAAAAAAGCACUAAUUCCAGGGAAUGAAGUGAGACAUUCCCAGAGAACCAAUUGCAGUUGCAAAACUAACUGCCAUGGACCACGCUUCUUAUCUCUGAACUGACCUGUGGAAACCACUGCCUUAAAAGAACGCAAGGAAAACCAACACCAAACACCAAAUAGUGUGUGUGAUCUCCUGGCGGUGCUGUGCUUGGAAUAGAUCGUAGCCCAUUUGCAUUUCUUUUAACUUUGUGUUAAUUUUGGAGGGGGGAUCGCCUUUUUCAGAUACACUUUAAAAAGGAAAAAUGUCAUUCUGAUGGGUUACGUGAGGAGCUGGUUUUGAACCAAGGUAUAAAGGUAUUAAUGUUUUUGAACCAAAGUGUAAAGAUCUGAUAAGCAGCAUUCUUCCAGCAGCCUCCCUGAAAGUGUGUUUGGCCUCCGUUUGCCUGCCGCCUCAUGCUCUCAUAGUACGAGGAACUAGAAAUGUUGUAAUGUGAGUUGUUGGGACUUUGUUUGGGACUUUGGGAGGGAUUUUGUUUGGUUUUGGAUGAGGAAAGAUAUUUUUAAACACUAAACUUCUGAGAUUUAGUACUGUAUGGGGAACACGACUUCCUGCAGGGGUAUAAAGGCCGAGUGUUCACCUGCCAGACACUUUUCAUGUAGGCUCCAGAAAACAUGGUUGUUUUUAACUGCGUUUAAGGUUAGCCUCUAUAUGAGUUCAUUGUUGGGCCACAGAUCUGCGUAGUAGGGAUUGCAUCCCAACCUAAACUUCCUUGAGAUUUUACAGUCAUUACUUUUUUCAUUUUAGUUGGAUUCUCUCUUCUACCAGUCACAGGUGAUUUUUACACCAAGGAGAUAAAUUGAUGUUUUCCUUUACCUUGUUUAUUGUGCACAAUGCCAGGUUUUUUUUAAAUUCAUUUUCAUUAUUUUUGUUCAAUAUGAGAUUCAGGGCCACAUUUGUUUAAAAGAGAUUCCAUAUAUGUAUGUGUUCAUUUUAUUAAGGUAUACAAAAUAAUUUUAAGAGGGGAAAAGGUAAGAGGUUGAGAUUCUGAGAAUUUAAAGUAUCAAAAUUCUCCUUAUACAACUUUUCUUUAUUGCAAAACAUUUUCCUGGAAACUUGCUAUGAAAUCAGUAGUUGACCAAGUAGUUUUAUGAGGGCUCUUCUAUGCAGUAAUGCAUUUAAUAUCCAAAAUGUUGAAUCACUAAAAAAAUAAUAAGAUUGAAGAUAAGAUACCUUAGAGUUUUAACAAAAAAUGGCAUUUGAACAAAGGCUAUGUUGGAUGUUAUAAACUCAUGAGGCAUCAUAGGUUUUAGCACUGGCCCAGAGUAAGAACGUCUUCUGUCUGAUACCUCCUACCAGGCUCUGUUACUUUGGGCCUUACAUAAAAUUGUUCGCAUUUGUAUUCUUAGAAAACAUUGUACUUUUUUGUCAUAAGUAUUUCAUUCUUGAAUCUAUGAAACAUCAAUAGAAAAUAUUGCCCACAGACUAAUUAGCUAAAAAAAAAAA